AUGAAUCAAGAAAUCUACGAAGAACUGCUCUUCGUAAGAACUUUGAUAACCGACACUACAGAUUCUGAAUCUAGGUUUGAGGAUAUUUUGACUAUGGUAAUACCACCGUGUAUAAUUAAUCCAUAUGGUGACAUAGAAGAAACGAAUGUCAUAAUACAAGAGGAACAGACUGAACUAAGUACAAACGAAGAACUUAAGGUUCAGUUUAAAAACGAUUAUCAGCAAUUCUGGCUGCAAAACAACAUACCCGUUACUUAUGCCGUAUUAUGGAAUAUAGCGAGGAAAACAGACUGGACAUCAUUAGCCGAGGAGAUUUAA